AUGUCAACCGUAAAUGUCGUGAUUAAACAUCAAGGGAAAAAGUACGAUGUCGAGGUCGACACGACACAGACCGGCGAGGUUCUCAAGUACCAGCUCUUCAGCCUGACCGGUGUCGAGCCUGAGCGACAGAAGAUCCUGGUCAAGGGCGGCCAACUGAAAGAUGACACCGACAUGAGCAAGCUGGGCCUAAAGCCUGGCCAGGUCAUUAUGAUGAUGGGUACGCCGGGAGAUGGCGGAGACGCCGUUGUGCGACCGACCGAGAAGAUCAAGUUCCUCGAAGACAUGACCGAAGCCGAAGCCGCACAGCAAGCCGGCGCGACCCCGGCAGGCUUGGUAAAUCUAGGGAACACAUGCUAUCUCAACUCAACGCUACAGGCCUUGCGUUCCAUCCCCGAGCUUCAGGAAGCUCUUGCAAAGCACGACAGCACGGCAACAUCGGGGAUCACCCAAUUGGACAUCACGAACCAGCUCAGAGACCUCUUCAAGGACAUGUCGGAGACACAGGGUGGCAUGUCGCCCUUCAUUUUUCUGAAUGCGCUGCGAGUGACCUUCCCUCAGUUCGCGGAGCGCUCGAAGAAAGGUCCGGGCUACGCUCAACAGGAUGCCGAGGAAGCAUGGUCGCAGAUCGUGUCGCAGCUGAGGCAGAAGUUGAAGUGGGCGGACCCUAGCGAAGGCGAGACCGCCAGGGCCGUUUCCUUCGUUGACAAGUAUAUGGCUGGCGAGUUCUCCAGCACGCUCGAAUGCGACGACCCGGCCGCCGGCGAGGGCGGCGAGCAAGCAACCUCCGCCAAGGAGCCGUUUCUCAAGCUCAACUGCCAUAUCGACAGUCAGACCGCCCAUCUCAGAGACGGAUUGGUCAACGGAUUAACAGAGAAGAUCGAGAAGAAGUCGGAGGUCCUGGGCAGGGAUGUUAUGUACACGAAGACGUCCAAGAUCUCCCGGCUACCCAAGUAUCUCACUGUCCACUUUGUGCGCUUCUUCUGGAAGCGCGACGUCCAGAAGAAAGCCAAGAUCAUGCGCAAGGUCACGUUUCCCCACGAGCUGGACGUGGUUGAAUUUUGCACAGAUGAGUUGAAAAAGGUUCUCGUCCCAGUCAGAGACAAGGUGCGCGAGGUGCGCAAGGAAGAGGAGGAUGUUGAGCGGGCUCGCAAGCGGCGCAAGAGGAACCCGCUACUGGACGGCGACGUGCCCGGCGGGAAGGGAGAGGUCGCGAAGAAGAACGACAAGAAGCCCUCGACGUCCGGGGAUGGCGAUGUUGAGAUGACCGAGACAUUCAAGACGGAUGCCGAGUGGGAUGCGGAGAAGGCUGCGGCCCUCCUGGAGGCUAAGAAGGAGCUGAACGCCCUUAUCGACCCGGAGCUCCGGAAAGAUGACGGCGCCAAUCAGUCAGGCCUUUAUGAACUCCGGGCUGUCGUGACCCACCAGGGCGCCAGCGCGGACAGCGGCCAUUAUACCGCGUACGUCAAGAAGACUGGCCCUAAGGACCCCGUAACCGGCAAGGUCGGUGAGGAGGACGGUCUGUGGUGGUGGUUCAACGACGACAGGGUUACGGAGGUGACGGCUGACAAGAUCGAUGCCCUUGCGGGUGGCGGUGAGUCACACUCGGCCCUCAUCCUCCUCUACAAGGCCAUUCCUCUUCCUACUGCCGAAGGCCUGAUGGAGUGA